AUGUUUUCCACUAUUUUAAUACCAAUUGUCGUUUUCUCUUGCGUUUUUUCUCUUGAAUCUUAUGUCGAAGAACCUGGGCUAACUUCUCAUGAAAAAGUAAAGAAGGCCUUCCUAUGGGCUAUCGACCAGAAUACCAAUAUUGAAGCUGAAAAAGAAGAAAACCCUGACGCUCCUUAUAUCCAAGGUGGCUCUUUUCAAUCUUCAUUCAGCUUUUACCCCAAUUUAGAAAUGGUAGUCGUGUCAUCUACGAAGGAAUACGAUAUAUAUUACGACGAUAAUGCAAAUGCACCUCAGCUGUUCCUCACUCUUCAAGACGACUUCACAGGCGAGACUUCCAUAAAAGAGUACACAUACCAUGUCAUGGACACCGCCGUAGGAUCAAGGUUGAUGGAUUAUGGGUGGCAAACUUCAUUCUUCCCAUUACCAGACUUUUUUAAUUCGACAUCUUUUCUUCACAAACCAUCACAAACAAAAACUUCUGCGUUUGUAGCGUUCAUGUCGUACCCCAUUGAUAACAAAAUACUGUCUAAACCGACAUUUGGAAAGACUUUAAAGGCUCUUCAGAUCAAAGGAGGAAACAUGAAGGAGAGCAACCUCUUCAAUUUGACUGGAAACGUCUUUGUCGACUUUAAAGUCAAACAAUGUGCUUCUUUCUUCCAAAAAGGGUUUCCACAAGAUUACGAGACACCAAUGAAGGAUUGGGAAACUAUUAUUAACUCUACUGGCUGGUCUGUAGGGAAGGACAUUUCUCUUUUAAUGUCAUUUACGUUCCAAGGGUAUUUCUGCUUACCAAUGUUGGACUAUGUCUUUUUGAGUGAGAAUAAAAAGGUGUCAAAUGACUGGAGGUACUGUGAUAAAUUUCAAGAGGAUCCGUUGAUGAUUAGUGACCCCUGUUGUAACAGAGAGGUUGAUGGUGUGUGUAACACAUUCAGGGACAGAAAUUCAGUUUAUGUUGGGAAAGAUUCUGUGUGUCUUUUCAACUACUUUACAUACACUGAUUUGAACUUGACGAACCGAGAGAAGAUCAAAUUGGAAGUGAGGAGUUAUGGGAUGAAAGAUGUCACACAGUACUACCACGACUUCCACUUCCAAAUAAUACCAACUAUCUUGUGGGACUUGACUGAAACGACAAACAGAAAGGAGAUGACGUGUAGAAACAUAUUGAAUAACCAAGAUGUGUACUACGACGAAUACAAAGAGUGUCCAAUAGACAUCCACUUUGAUAAUGAAAUUGUGUCUAAAGGCAAUUGUUUUGUCCCCAGCGAGCAGUUGAUGCCUCUCUUAGUCAUUAUGUGUGAACAAGGAAUUGAUGAUUCUGGCCGGAUUCGAAGGUUCAACACCGCUGAACUUGACCAGAUCAAAUUGAUAUUAGAAGACCCAGUAGAAAAAGAGUAUCCAUAUGACUCUGCACAUCC